UUUAGGUGUUCUGUAAAUAUAGUCCCCAACUAGGUUCAGUUUCCACAUCUUCAUUUGCUCCACCUCUGUAAACCCUCUUGUCGCAGAUCUAUAUUAAAAGACUCUUUAAGUCUUAAGUCCCGACAAGAGAAGGAAAAAAUGUCUGGUGAAGAGGCUGUUGUUGUCGAGACACCCGCUGCACCUGCUCUUGGUGAGCCAAUGGACAUCAUGACUGCCUUGCAGCUUGUGCUGAGGAAGUCAUUGGCUCAUGGAGGGCUCAUCCGAGGCCUUCACGAAAGUGCUAAGGUGAUUGAGAAGCAUGUAGCACAGCUGUGUGUGUUGGCAGAGGACUGCGAUCAACCCGACUAUGUCAAAUUGGUUAAAGCACUCUGUGCCGACCACAAUGUAAACCUCAUUACUGUUCCAAGUGCGAAGACUCUUGGCGAAUGGGCUGGUUUGUGCAAGAUUGAUUCAGAAGGGAAAGCAAGGAAGGUUGUGGGUGCUUCGUGUGUUGUCGUGAAGGAUUAUGGAGAAGAAACUGAAGGUCUCCACAUUGUUCAGGAGUACGUGAAGUCUCACUGAAGGACUACCGGCAAGAAGUAUGCUCGUGAUGAGAUUUGAAAUCGUCUUAAGUUACUUCUAGUUUGCUUUCAAUGCCAUUCCAUUUGGAAAUUUUGAUUUAGUAUUUAUGUUAACAAGAUUUUUGUUGUUCGAGAUUUGCUAUUAGUUACUCUUGUCCUGGUAGUGGAUUCCUAAGACCACUGCCUGUUCAGUGUUAUUUGGAAAAUGACUGUUGAUGAAUCUUCACUUAUUUUUAAAAAAGGUUUUCUACUUCA